AUGGAGCCAGAAACAACAAAUGUUCAAGCCCCAGAGGCCAGCGUUGCUGCGCCUGGCAUGGAGGUCCCGAAACGCGACGCCGCAAAUGACUCUGGCGCGACGGGCGUGGACGAGCCUCCAGCCAAAAAGGCACGAUUGGAUGAACCGUCCAAACCCGCCCCUGUAGAUAUGCGCGACAGGGGAAUGGCACCCAUUAAAGCAGAAUAUCGGAUCCAAAUCACACCGAAGCCUCGCCCCGCAGAUGAGACUAGCCCUGACGAUGCUGCCGAGGCAGCUCCUCGUGAUGACCGUGAUGGUGGAAAGAAGGACAAGGGGAAGAAGAAGAAGGGCCAGAAUACCAAUCGCAGUUAUGGUACAUCUAAAGAUGCGAAGGGCCUUUGCAGCACGAGAAUGUUUGCCAACGAGUUUGCCGCUGGAGAGUGUCAGUACGGCGACAAAUGCCGAUUUGAGCACGAUUUGCGUGUUUAUCUGAAAGACCAUAAGCGCGAGGAUCUUACAACCCUGAACAACAUUUGCCCCGUCUACGAAGCGCUAGGAAGAUGUUCUUCUGGCUGGAAAUGUCGCAUGGUUGGUUCACACUCAACUGAGAGAGAAACGGAAGAUGGCAAGAAGGAGUUGAUCUUGCUGGAGGACGCAGAGCGUAUGGAGAAAGCUCGGCCUCGUGUGGCCAAUGCAACACCCGAUGGAAUUGUCAACAUUAUUUCAAACCAAGACAAAAUUGCGCUUACGAGAAAACGCGAGGAGACCCCUCGGGCUGAUGCCUACACCACAUGGGCCACCAAAGUGGCUGCAGAAUUGGAGAAGGCGAUCCACCAGCGAACCACCACCCGCGAGAAGGGCGAGCUUGUUGAACCAGAUGAACAAGCGAAGAUCGACAUGCAGGAAAACCGUGCUCAGUUCCUUGAGCCUCCCUUCAUGCCGUCAGAGAAACGUCGCAUUUACUUUGGACCAGAGACACCCGUUCUGGCACCUCUCACGACCCAAGGAAACAUGCCAUUCCGAAGACUCUGUGGAGAUCUGGGCGCACAGUUCACAUACUCAGAGAUGGCUAUGAGUAUGCCUUUGAUUCAAGGCUCAAAGUCAGAAUGGACCUUGUUGAAGGCGCACGAGUCGGAAAUGGCACCGCCAACUGUCAUUCCAGGUGACAAUAUAGUUCAGGGCUAUGAUAACUCCAAGGACUUCAAGUUCGGCGCACAAAUUGCCGCUAACAAGCCUUGGCAAGCUCUCAAGGCCACUGAGGUGUUAUCGAAAUUUACACCCAACCUGCGUGUUAUUGACUUGAACUGCGGUUGCCCCAUUGAACUUGUAUUCCGUGAUGGAGCUGGCUCAGCUCUUCUUGAUCAUCACUCCAAAUUGGAGAAGAUGAUUCGCGGCAUGAACACUGUCUCGCAGGAGAUUCCGAUUACUGUCAAGAUCCGCAUGGGAACUAAGGACAACCAGCCUACUGCCCAGAAGCUGGUUGAGCGUAUGGUUCUCGGUGGAUACGAGUCAAGCGUUCUGGACCUUGGCCCCCGGGCAGACUGGGGAUACAUCUCAGAAUGUGCAGCCCUCAUCAAGCGCCUGAACAAGAAGCAGGAUGCACUCAGCGACACCAUUCGUGAACCGGAUGCCCGCCACAUGCCCAAUGGUGGCAAGACCUACUUCAUUGGAAAUGGCGAUUGUUACUCGCAUGCCGACUACGAUGACCACGUAAAUAAUGCCGGUGUGGACUCUGUGAUGGUGGCCCGUGGAGCUUUGAUCAAGCCGUGGAUCUUCGAGGAAAUUCAGACCGGCCAAUAUUUGGACAAGUCCGCGACUGAGCGUCUGGCUUAUAUCGAAAAGUUCGCCAAGUACGGUCUACAGGCCUGGGGUUCUGAUGAGCAUGGCGUUGGAACAACCCGUCGCUUCCUGCUAGAAUGGUUGAGCUUUGCCUAUCGUUAUGUCCCAAUCGGGCUGUUGGAGUACCUUCCUCCCAACAUUCAGGACCGACCCCCUGCUUGGCGCGGCCGGAAUGAGUUGGAGACGCUAAUGGGCAGUGGCAACUACAAAGACUGGAUCAAGAUAACUGAAAUGUUCCUGGGUCCUGCACCUGACACCUUCAAGUUCGAGCCCAAGCACAAGUCGAACUCCUAUGAGGCUGAGGGCUAA